GGAACGCCUAUAAAUAUAUUCUUCCAUUCGUGAGAUUUUCCAGUAGAAUCAAAACAAUGUUUCAAGGAACUGAUGAUGGUGGUGCUCAGCCGCUUCUGGUUGUUUCCGACGUCGGCACUUCAUACAAACCGGCCGGCGUCAAGUUCAGGCAACUUGUUUUAAGCAUACGCUUCGUACUCUGCCUCAACAGAACCAGAUCCCCGGCGUCACUUCAUACGGUCAUUAACAUAAUCUCUUCAGAAUCCGAAAGCGAAAUUAAGAAGCAGCGUCUUAAGCGGCUUGUUAAAGAGAAGAAUUUAGAAGCACUAAACGAUUUCGGCGGUGUACAGGAGGCUGUCUCAUUUCUGCAGUCGGAAUCGGAACCACCGAUUGGUGUGGUUGGGGAUUUAGCACAAACAGUUCAUGGGCUGGGAUUCUGGGGCUCAUUCAUCCUGUUUGUAAAAGGAUUUUGGUCUUGUUUGUACAACUCCUUAAACAGCUGCACAAUCUUGGUCUUGGUAAUUGCUGCUGAUUUGUCUUUUGCCAUUGGAUCUUUAGAACAGGGACUUGAACAUGGAUGGCACGAUGGUGUUGGGAUACUCCUUGCAGUUUUCCUACUUGUAAUUGUCCCUUCGGUGUCAAGCUUUUACCAGAAAAAAAGACAGGAGAAGAAGCUUUUGAAGAUUAAGAACAACGUGGAAGUGACCGUGAAAAGACAUGAAAUACUCCAAGGGGUCUCGGUAUUUGAUGUUAAGGAGGGAGAGAUUAUCCAUUUGAAGAAAGGUGAUCGUGUUCCUGCAGAUGGGUUGCUAAUAAAAGGUGAAAAUCUGAUUCUGGAUGAAGCUAUCAACUCCCACAUUGACCCUCAUCGAAAUCCAUUUCUGUUUUCUGGUUCUGUGGUUGAAUAUGGCAAAGGAGAGAUGAUUGCGGUGUCUAUCGAUCACGACACGGCUUUUCGAAAAGGGCUGCUUGAUGUGAUUGUUCAUCCUUCACAGGAGACGUUGUUCCAAUCUAGGAUCAACAAACCGUAUGAAUUUAUUGAAAAGUUCUCUCUUGUAGUGUCUUUGAUGCUGCUGCUUGUUGUUCUAACCCGUCUCCUAUGUGAAAAGCAUAAGCAUGAUGAUUACUACAAUGAUAAGCCUGAAAGUAAGGGGAAAUUAACGGUGGGCUUUGUAGCAAAUGCCUUUGAAAGGAUGUCCUUUGAGUUUGGGAAGUUCAGAGUUUCCUUAGUGGCAACUGUUCUCUUAACCAUGAUAAUAGGAAUACAGCAUGGGAUGCCUCUUGCAAUCACUAUUUCCCUCUCUUUAUGGAGAGAAAGGAUGAGAAGAUCUCACAAAGUAAAAUGUAGGAAUCUCUCAGCUUGUGGAACUUUAGGCCUUGUUUCUGUAAUCUGUAUUGACGUCACUGCUGAGUUUUCGUUUCACGAGGUAGAGGUUAGAGAGCUUUUUGUUGGAGAAGAGAAGAUCAACCCUGGUAUGGAAUUUCAUCCUGAUAUUCAUCAAGGCUUUGAGGUAGCAGCCAGAGUUUUAUGCCUUGAUCCCAACACUUCUGUUCUUUUAAGGAAUAAUCUGCUCAAUUUCUGGGAAAAAUCAGGAUUGAAAAUCAAUAAAGAAUCUCCUGAUCAGAGGUUUGACUUUAUUGAUCAUAAAUUUUUGAGCUCAGAAAAGGGCAUUGGAGUGUUGAGGAACAAAAGUAUAGGAGAUACUGAAGCAAAUCUUUUUCAUGACCAUUUUUAUGGGAAUGCAUCAACUCUUCUGAAUAUGUGCUCAAAUUACUAUGAUAUCAGAGGCAGAAUUCAUGACAUAGAAAACAGAAAAGAUGUCUUUCAAAAAAUGGUCAGAGAAAUGGAAGAAAGGGGUUUAAGACCCAUUGCAUUUGCUUGUAAACAGACAAAUGAUCACCAGGUGUUUGAAGGGGAGUUAAAGCUGCUUGGGUUAAUGGGUCUUAAGUUCUCGCAUGAAAAAAUACUACUUGCCUUGAAAGAUCUUGAAAAUAUUGGUGUAAGAAUCAUAUUAACAUCAGAAGAUGAGCUUUCUGUGGCCAUAAACAUGACUGAUGGUCUUGGAGUUCAAUAUGACCCCAACAAACAGGAGAUUGAAGGUGAAAGAUUUAGGGAAAUAAUGAAGAUUGAUGGAAUGGAGAAAAAUGAGCUAAUGAAGUCAAUUACUGUUAUGGGGAAGGCAACCUCUGAAGACAAGCUUCUCUUAGUAAAAGAAUUGAAAGCUAAGGGAGAAACUGUUGCUUUAUUAGGAGGUUUGACAUCAGGAGAUGUUCCAACUUUAAUAGAAGCUGAUAUUGGGAUUGUACAAGAAAACAGAAGUACUAAAGUAUCUAGACUGGUUUCUGAUCUCAGUUGUGAAGAUGUUACAUCCUUGAACCAUACACUAAAAUAUGGCAGAAGCUAUUACCUCAACAUUCAAAAAUUCUAUCAAGUUCAACUCACUGCUCUAAUCUCUGGGCUUCUAAUAAAUUUGAUCUGCACCAUGGUCUCUGGAAAAUCUCCCAUAACCACAUUUCACCUUAUAUGGGUGACUUUGAUUAUGUGUCUUCUUGGUAGCCUGAUGAUGGUAAUGGAAUUGAAUGAUGCGGAAGUUCGAAACCGAGUUGGAGGCAGCGAUAGGGAGCAAUCUUUGAUAACUAGAGUUAUUCUGAAGAAGAUUGUGAUCCAUGUUCUAUGUCAAGCUCUUGUUUUCUUGAUGCUGGAGUAUUUGGGACAGAAGAUUAUGCCUCAUAUGGAGGAAGAUGUGAGAAAUACAAUGAUUUUCAAUACUUUCAUUCUUUGCCAAAUAGCAAAUCUUCUUGGUGCUAUCACUAUGGGAUUGGUAACAAAUGAAGUAGCUGUUUUUCAUGUUGUGCUGCACAUUCUUUGGGUUAUGAUUUCUGUGGUGAGUGUAUUGGCUGUGCAGGUGAUGGUUAUUGAGUUUGAUGGAACCAUUGUUAAUGGUGUGAAACUAAGUGCAGUGCAAUGGAUUAUUUGUUUCCUUUUAGCAUUGGCACUUGGAUGGGCUUCUUACAUAUUCUUUCACUUUGUCCUUCAUUGAACAUUAUGAUGGUUUUGUGUUGUUUUGUUUACCUAGGUUAGUUAAACAAGAGUAGGGUGAGGGAUUCUGACAGAAGUCAAGUUGCCAUGCUCAUGCUGGCCUGUAAAUGGAGGGUUUAUUUCUUGUAUUUUUACACUCUUGAAUAAAUAAAAUAAAUUCUUUGGUGUAUUUGAUGAUUU